AUAAAUGUGCUUCCCGUCUUUAUUUAUAAGCUACAUCAUUUACAGGUUUAUCUUCAUACUUCAUACUCUCAUCUCUCUUUCUUGCGUUUGCUGCUUUGCUUCCAUGGCAUUUCGUCUAGCUCUCUUUGUUCUAUUUGCUCUUGCUGGGGUUCAGCUCUCGUCAUGCCAAGUUUUGAAGGGAAAAGUCUCUUGCCUUGACUGCAGUCGCCAUUAUGAUCUCUCAGAGAUUAAGGUGACAGUGAAGUGUGACAAAGUGAAGAAACUUGCCAUGGCAACCACCGUCUCCGGUGGUUCCUUCACGGUCAGCCUCCCAACUUCUUCACACACUGAUUCAGAACCCAACAAGUGCCUUGCUAGGCUUCUGGGUGGCCCUAACCAACUCUAUGCUACAAAGAAAAACAUGGUGUCAGAGGUAGUCAAGGUCCAGGAACACUCCAGCUCCUACACCAUCUCCACUUCACUGGCCUUCUCCACUUCCUGCCCUCAGACUCAGAAAGCCACAUGUGAAGCCCAAACCAGGCUCGGAUCAUCAAAGACCGUUGAUCUGCCAAUUCCCCGCGAAUGGGGCCUUGCACCUACUAGCUAUUAUGUCCCCUUCUUCCCCAUUAUCGGCAUCCCUUAAUUAGAUAGUCCAUAAAUUUAUGUCACAUAAAAAAAGUAUGUCUAUUUUCAUGUGCCUUAGAAUUAUAAGAAUAGUUAUAUAUAUAAAGUUUUACUACUAUAGUGGUGUGUGCUAUUUAAUUAUUAUGAUUAGAACCAGGUGUGUAACAUGUUAUGUACUUUAAGUUGAUUAAUAAAAUAGUUCAUAUAUA